CCCGCUUUCCUGGCUCAAGCCCACCGACACCGCUCCUCACCUUCAUCCCUCUUCAUCUCAUCGCGCCGGCAUGCUCCGGCUCUGGUCGAGCUCCUCGCUCAACGCUGCAGCCGAGGGCAGCGGCAGCGACCCGCUCGUCGCUCCCGAGUCAGCCAGUGCUGCGCCGCAGACGCCCUCCACUUCCACGCCCCCGCUCGGGCGUGCGUCCGACAGCGCCUCGCCGUGGCAGCGCACGCCCAGCAUGAGCCGCUCCUCCUCGCCUGCGUCCGCGUCUAGGAGCCAUAGCAGCAACAAGUCUAGCCCGCUGCGUGCCUCGCCGUCCACGCCGCGAGCUGCGCCAGCAUCCGACGGCGACGGCGAAGACAGCUUUCUGGGCCGCUGGGAGGGCGACGACAGCGCAGAGCUCGACGCAGACGCGGACCGCAGCGCGCAGAGCACCUCGCGCGACGUCACGUCAGACUCGCUGUCGCGGCAGCAGUUCGUCUUCAAGCCGCGGCCGUCUUCUUCGACCGAGCGGAUGGUUGCAGGAAACACGUCAGCGAACGGCUCCUCGCGUGACCAAGAGAAUGUGCCGGUCCGGCCUAGCCCAGUGCGGCAAGCGGCCGCCGGCAGCGGACCAAGGACGCCGCUCUCUGCGCGCCCGGCGCACAGCAUGCAGCACAGCUCGCCGCAGGUGCCGCAGACACCGCGCUCUGAUGCCCUGCGUCGCGGCCUGCUGCGCCGACCUGCCACGCCCGGCACCGGCAGCAGUGUGCGCUUCGGCUCACGCCUCUACGAUGACGGCGACGAGAGCCGCAUCAGCAACAGCACGACGCUGUCCGACAGCACUGGCAACUCGCCGGCGCGCACAGUCAGGCCGGAGAGCCAGUCGGCGGACAUGAGCGACUCGCUGCUAGAGCGCAUGGCCUUCGUUGCCAGGGAGGAGGAGAGCAACGAGAGCAUCCAGGCAGUCGAGCUGUCGCUUGGCGCUUCCCUCAGCAGCGCAGACGGGCCGCCAGACGAGCUGACUCAGGGCGAAGAGACGCAGGGCGCGGACACGUUCGAUGUGAAGGAAGGCGAGACAGAGACGGCCGGCCAGCAAUCCCUGAACGGCGAUUUCGAGGCCGCACCGGUUCCUGAGCGCGCUGCCUCGCCUCCGUCGAUGCGCCUCGAGGCGAUCAACGCUCAAGACAUCAGCCUCUCGCUGAGUCCGCCGUCGGGCUCCGUAGCUCUGGCGUCCUUUGACGACAUGUCCGCGCUCAUCGACGAAUCCAUCAACGGCGGGCCAAUGGCGCUAGCCAACCAGCCGUCGGCGCCGCAGUGGGAGCGCAUGCUGCCGUUUGGCCAGCAGAGUCCCAGCGCGCGUCUCGACCUGGCGCAGGCAACGCCGCGCGCGCCGAAGACGAGCACCGAGUCGGCUGUGUCGGCAUCUGGCUCUCUCGACAGCGAGCUGAGCCUGAGCGAGAGCUACCUCGCCAAGCAGGGCAACAUUGCGGCACAGAGCGUCCCUGCGGUUGGGCACUCGCCCUCGCCGCGUUCCAACAACAGCGUGCAGCACUCGCGCUUCGCGACGCCCAGUUCGCGUGCGGCGGAGUCACCUGCGAGGCAAGCGUCUGUCAGUCCGCGGGCAUACACCUCGUCUCCCGGCAGAUCGAGUCCUUCUACGGCGGGGUCCACGGCUCCCACAGAGAGCAACACCAGCAUCUCAAGCGAUCGUGGAGCCCGCCUGGUCGGCAGCCCCGGAGCUCAGUACUCGAGCCCACGCCAGCCCUCUUCGUUCAGCGCAUCCGCUACUAUCCGGCGCGCUUCGGCUUCGUCAUCACCAGUUCCGGCGACGAGCUCACCGCUGCGCUCAGUCGUCACACGCACGCCGUCUCCGCGCAGCCCAGCACGCGAGCUCGACGAGAGCGUGCAGUCUGUAGGUGCAGCUUGGGCGACACCGAACAUGUCCUCGGCUACCUCUGCGCCCGGCACUGGUCGCACGUACCACUCGGUGGCGACGCCGGAGACUCAGCCUCGAGCGGGGCCUUCAAGCGCCUCAUCGAGCUCGAUGCAGGACGCCAGCAGCCCAUCGCACGCUUCCUCCUCUGAGGCUUCGCCCUCGGUCGCUCGCGCGGCUCGGCGACCGCCUCAGCCGCAGCAAGCCAGCGUGCAAGCCGAGAGGCUGGCCGAGCCGGCAGCAUCUCCGGCUGCCGACGAGUCAAAUGUCGAGAACAGCAUGAGCCAGCAGGCAGCUGCACUCAGCGCGCCCAUGUCAGCCCUCGACGAGCUGAGCACAGCAAGCCCGUCGCUCGGGCGCCGACGCGCUGGACCGCGCGCUUCGGACGUUGCGCUGGACCAGCUGCUCAGCGCCGUCACCGAGCUCGACGCAGUGCACUCGAGCCGCACUAAGAACAUCCUGCAACGGUCUUACAGCGGCGAGCAAGAGGCAUCCGAGCUCCGUGCCGCGCUCAUCAACAGCGAGCGCGGUCUAGCAGAGACACUAGGCGCCGCCCGCAAGCUGCAAGCAGCACAGCGGGAGGCGCAGGCUCGCAUCCUUCAGCUCGAGCAGGAGCGUCUGCAGAGUGCGAAGCGGCAGGCCGAGGUGGAGGAGCUGGCGCGACGCCUCAAGGACCAGCUCUAUCAGGAGGAGCAUCGCCUGGAGAGCGAAGACGUCGACAAGCUAAAGGAGGAGCUCGCAAACGAGCGACGACUGCGCGAGUCUGAGCGGCGCGACUUCGAGUACCGCAUCUGGGACGCUCAACGGCAGUCCGAGCCGGAGAGCAAGCCCGUGGACGUGAUUUCGCGCGAGGCUGCAGACAGCGCCGUCGAGGCCGCUCGCAGAGAGGUGCAGCAGGCAUGCGAGAUGGACGCUGAUGUGCGCGCCUACGGCGUCGAGGUGGAGCACGCCCGCGUUGUCGAGGACUGGUCGAGACGCGUCAAGACAUCGAGCAAGAGCGCAGCCAGCAGAACGAGAAGAUAGAGCAGCUGCACAGCGCGCGAGACUCGCUGCAAGCUGAGCUGCAGAGUGUGCGUCGGCAGCUCGAAGACGCCAACGCCGCCGCUGCCUCG